AUGUCAGAGAAGCAAAGCGCGAUUGCGAAGGCUCGCAGACGAACUGUGAUCUAUAUCGAAAAGUUGAAAAAUGGCGUGUACAGCUCCUUUGUCCAAUCUCUCUCCCAGACCCUACAUUUACGGGACACCACGAUUCAGAGCAUCCCGGAACUGUUACACUCAAAAGAACUGUUUGAGCGUGGUGAGAAGUGGACACUCGCACGAUGGCUCAAGACUACUAAGGGAAGGAAAGCGACAGAAUCUAAAGACGUCGUCUUUGCCGGACUGUCACUGUUGGAGCCCAGCACUCUAUUGAUUGAUCAGAGCCUGCAGCUGGAGGACUCUAAUCUGAGCCACCCCAGAAGUUCACAUAGCUCAGAAGCUCCAAUUACGACUUUCCCAAAGUUAUGGCCCUCUCUCCACGCGGACUACAGCGUGGAAACCUUUGGGGUGCUUCUCAAUCUUGCCGCCUGUCUUUUGACAAGUUCGACUUGGCAAGACUUAUUCUACAUGGCAUUGCGCUUCCGCGACCCUCCAGGCGAGUUUCCAAAAGGUGGACUACCUCUAUAUCCUCACCCAUCUUGGAUGCCUGACCCAUCUAACUGGACCUCGCGUCCCAUGGAACCUUUUUUCAUGUUCAAUAAUAAGAAUAUACCGCUUCGAUUACCGACUCAUAUCCAAGACACAGGUCCUAAGCUUUCCUCGGAUGGCUCAACGCUCUUUCUAACCGCGGUGGAAUUUGACACUGUGACGGCGCAUUCCUCCUUGGCGGGUUUGACAUACCCGAGUUUCGGAGAGCUCAUCCAUUUUCUAACCUGGCUUGCGCAAUCUGUUCCACGCGUUUAUGGCCCAGCGGGCUCAUUGGGUAUAGAAGCGCUGACAAGUGUUCUCACACCUAGGCAUCGUUUGGCAGCUGAUACUACAAAAAAAGCCGAGAGUGCCGACCUUCUACUGUGCCUUUGCCGUGUGAUAAACUACAACGUCAAUGAAAGCUUCAAACAGCUCGACCUAGGGUACAAUCCGAUGCAAAUCGCCCUUGAUCCACGCCUAUCAGAACCAUCAGAGCCGAAGAAGAAACACCUACGCGAAGCCUUUGAGGCAGCAAAACAAGCACAUCCAGAUGCACCCUGGUCUGGUGUAGAUGCAUCUACAGGUACCAGGAUUAUCUCAAAGCUCGAGGAAGGUUGGAGGGCUCAUCGUACGGAAUAUCUUCUAGGCGCAGAAGACGAACAACGCGUUGAAGGGGCCAAUAAAGAAGAAGAACCAAAUUACCUCGACAUAUACACCCUAAUCGAAUUUUUGAACAUGCAGGGCAUGCCCAAUCAUCACAUGCACUUAUUUAUGAUUAAGAAGGGUUACAUGGGAGUUGGUCUAGCCUGGCUACCGGGGGACGACAAGUUAUUUUUCAUUGUUGAUGGGGCAACACCGUAUAUUUUUGCUCAUGCAGAUAAUGUGCUGCGAAGAAGGGCGCAGCAGAUACGUGAACAGAUUAAUGAUAAACACACGAAAGCCUCGAAGACAGACCUUGCCACAGAACUUCAGGAUGUGGAAACUCGAAUUGGAAGCAGAGAUGCAUGGCAGUUGAUGGGCGAAGCAUAUGUAGAAGGAAUAAUGGAGGGAUCGCUGCAGAGAUAUAGCUUUGUCUAG